GCCCCGUGCAGGCCCAGCCCCGGGAGGAGCCCGUUGACUCCGCCCCAGGCCAGGAAGUGACUCAAAAAAACACUUUGAGAUGUGGAGAAGAGAGGUCCCCGUUGGGUGAGAAACCCGGGAAAGCCCGCCCAAAUUCGGGCACCCUUGCCCUUGUCCCCUGGGGAGGAGGCGCGGGUGAAGCUGGGGGCUCAGCAGGUACCGAGAAGAGCCGGCGCGACCUGGCGACCCUUGGCCGGAGGUGACUGUGCUGGCGGAAGGCGCUCCCCUCCCCCACGCCUGGGAGUUGGGGACAGGGGGCGGCGUUGGGAGCGGCUGGGCCAGGGUCGGCUGUGGGCAGUCCUGGGCCCUGGGUGUGGCUCGUGGAGGGACCGAGGGGGACUGCAGACGGCUGGGGGAGGGGUGGGAGUGGCUAGAACCUUGAAAAUGGCAGACAAGGGGCCCCAGAGGACCUCUCAAUGUAAGACCCUGGCGAGAACUUAUCUUUAAGAGGCCGUCUUGGAUUCGGAGGUUGGAAAAUCCGUAGGAGACGGACACUUUCGUCACCUGUCCACUCCCUCUGGCCUCCAGACCGAGGUGGAACACCCUCCACCCUCUUCCUGCUUACGGCUGUGGUCAUUUUUCCGAAGGCCAGACUCCCAUCCCAGAUAGACAGCCUUGUUUACUCAUGACUUCCUCUCGGGAGAGAAGGGCUGGGGGAAGCAACCAUGCCUAGCUGGGAGGCUGGCUGCCUGUCCCCAGACCGCUUUGCGGUGUCCGCUGAGGCUGAGCAGAAGGUGCAGCAGCAUCAACUGCAUGUGGAGCGCAUCUUCCGCGUGAGCAUGACCGUCCUCCCGAAGGACUGUCCGCAGAACCCUCACAUUUGGCUGCAGCUGGAGGGCCCCAAAGAAAAUGCCAGCAGAGCCAAGGAGUACCUGAAGGGUCUUUGUAGCCCAGAGCUGCAGGAUGAAAUCCACUACCCUCCCAAGCUGCAUUGUGUCUUCCUGGGAGCCCGGGGCUUCUUUCUUGACUGUCUGGCCUGGAGCACGUCAGCCCACCUGGUGCCAGGAGCGCCUGGCUCAUUGAUGAUCAGUGGCCUUGCUGAGGCCUUUGUCAUGGCUCAGAGCCGGGUGGAGGAGCUUGUGGAGAGGCUGAGCUGGGAUUUUCAGUUGGGGCCGUCCCUGGGAGCCUCUCAGUCUGCUGGGGUACUGAGAGACUUUUCUGCCUUACUGCAGUCCUGGGAAGAUGCCCACAGAGAGGCCCUGCUGCAGCUGCCCCUGGCUGUCCAGGAGGAGUUGUUGAGUCUGGUGCAGGAGGUAUCCAGGGAGCAGGGUCCGCAAGCACUUCCCUGGGAUGGGAGGAACCCAGGCAUGCUGGGUGCUCAGUGCCAGGAAGUCAGAACUUACCCGAGUGCAGGCAGGGAGUCCUUGGACACUGGGUCUAUGGGGCAGGGAGAUUCAAGGGUAGUGAAGGGAGACAGUUAUGCUGUGAAGAAGGAGGAAGGGAAACAGAGCAGGCCCAGGGAGAUGGAUUUGGGGUGGAAGGAUCUGCCUAGGGAAGAGGACUGGGAGAAAGACGUGGCUUUCAGGCCGCAGUUAGUGGGUGAAGGGGCAAGGGAGCUAGAGCCCCUGAAAGGGAAGGCCCUGGGGAAGGAGAGGGUGCCCCAGGAAAGAGGAGGUGUCUGUGUCCAGGGUCUUCCUCCUGGCGCUCAUGGCCCCUAUCAGAGGGCAGCUCAACCCCGGGGAGCCUCUCUCCUCCAGCGGCUGCACAAUGGGCAAGCCUCACCUCCAAGAGUGCCUAGCCCUCCACCUGCACCAGAACCCCCAUGGCACUGUGGAGACAGGGCAGACAGGGCAGACAGGGCAGACAAGCAGCAGGCUGGGGCUCGAGGUCGGGGGUCUCCAUGGAAACGAGGCACCCGGGGCAGCAACUUAGUGACUGGCACACAGCGUUUCCAGGAGGCACUACAGGAUCCUUUCACCCUUUGCCUUGCCAACGUGCCUGGCCAGCCAGACCUCCGUCAUAUUGUCAUUGAUGGCAGCAACGUAGCCAUGGUGCAUGGCCUCCAGCAUUACUUCUCCAGCCGGGGCAUUGCCAUUGCUGUGCAGUACUUCUGGGACCGUGGCCACCGUGACAUAACUGUCUUUGUGCCUCAGUGGCGCUUCAGUAAGGAUUCCAAGGUCAGAGAGAGUCACUUCCUACAAAAGCUAUACUCCCUCAGCCUGCUUUCCCUCACCCCCUCGCGAGUCAUGGAUGGCAAGAGGAUUUCCUCUUAUGAUGACAGGUUCAUGGUGAAGCUGGCUGAAGAGACCGAUGGGAUCAUUGUCUCCAAUGACCAGUUUCGGGACCUGGCAGAGGAGUCCGAGAAGUGGAUGGCAAUCAUCAGAGAGCGCCUGCUGCCCUUUACAUUUGUGGGAAACCUCUUCAUGGUCCCUGAUGACCCGUUGGGGCGACAUGGCCCCACUCUGGAUGAGUUCCUAAAGAAGCCAGCAAGGACACAGGAGAUUUCUAAGGCUCAGAAAACUUCCAAGGGCUUUGCAGAACAUGCUAAACAGCAGCAGGGGAGAGAAGAGGAAAAAGGCAGUGGUGGCAUUCGGAAGACCCGGGAGACAGAGCGGCUCCGUCGCCAACUGCUGGAGGUGUUUUGGGGUCAGGAUCACAAAGUAGACUUCAUCCUGCAGCGGGAGCCAUACUGCCGGGACAUUAACCAACUGUCUGAGGCCCUGCUCAGUCUCAACUUCUGAGCUUCACCUGCCUCCUGGCUGGAGCCCUAUCAACUCCAGCCUCUCCCAGCUCAGCCCCUGCUGUGAGGGUCUCUCUGCUGCUCAGACUCUGACCCAGACUCACUCUGAGUUGGUACUUUGGGUAAGGAAGCACCAAGGAAGAGCAUUUAAGUGUGAAGAAUGCUUUUUCCUGGGGCACUUUGAGUACAGGUCCAUAAAGUGACCUGACAUCAAGUCAGGACCUCAGCCAGCUCUCCAGGGGUUCUGCUCAGUCUUAACUUCUCAACUUUGCCUUAGUAUGGGUUUCUGUAGGGACUGGGGGUGCUGAAAAGGGUAAGUCUGGGAUCUGGGGCUGAAUUGGGGAAGAGGCUAGGGUGGGUGAGAGGUGGUAGGAAGCUAAGCCUUUCCUCCUCCUGAUGCUUCUCUGGAUGAUCAGAAAACAGGAUGCUUUCCAGGGCUGGCCGGGCUCCUGGGAGAGAGGAGGGAAUGCUGAGCCCUGGUAGGGCUACAGUGUCAUGUGGCCUGGGUGGCAGGAGGGUAGCAGUGAGCUGGUAAAGAAGGCAGAGAGAGACUUGGCUUUUGGUCUUAGCUGCGCUUGUCUGUGACCCUGAUUGAGCUGCUUGGCCUUUACUUCUGUCUACAAAUCAGGGGUAAAAAUUCCUUUUGGGAGGAGAAAUGAGAACAUGGAGGAAAGCUCCUUGGAGAAAAGGUACUUGGACCACGUCUUAGGUGGUUGCCUGUGGCCAUACAGGCUCCCUAACCCAAACCUCAGAGAUGUGGGUCCUCUGUCUCCAGGGCCCACAACCUAGAUUUUUAGCACUGUGUCCUCAGUAUAACAUGCCCUAUAAUGGCUGCAUCCUUUUUGAGUAACCUCUCAAUCUACAUUUAGAAAAUAAAUUAGGGGUAAUUGCUUUACCAAAAUACUCUCAGGGUUCCUGUAAAUGGCAGCUCUUCCUUUGCAUUCAAGGGUGUUUACAGACUAAUAAAUGUAUCACAAAGUC